GUCAGGGGCAAAACUGGGGAACGAGGAAAGAGGAGUGAACACGGCGAGGAGGAGGAGGUGGAAGAUAGAUAGCUAGGUGGGCUUUUUAUGAAAGGACUGCAACAUUUUAUAAAUCCAUUUUGGCCUACGGGAUUUUCUUCUCCUCCAUUCGUUUGAAUGGGUACAGCAGAGUUAACGUAAAGUGAAAAGCAAACAGCGCAGAUAGGUUUUCGUGGCAGUGCGGGCUAAAACGCCCAAAUUUAGACCAGUUUGGGAUUACGGUUACUUCCCAGCGCUUGGAAAAAAAUCAGAGUAUCUGGAGCCUGUUUCGAUAGGCCGGGACCGCAACCGCACCAUCGGACUUGCACAAAAACACAAAGUGUGUAUGGAGCAGUGUGAGAAUGCCGCGUCUCUCUUGGCCUCCGUGCGUGAGCAGGAGAUGCAGUUUGAGCGUCUGACUCGAGCUCUGGAGGAGGAGAGGAGGAGUGUAGGGCCCUCGGGCACUCUGCCCCGCCCACUCCCCACCCUGCAGAACGGGCGUAUCCCUGGUGAUGCGGAAUUAGAGAGACUCAAACUAAACGAGGGAUAUAUCAACGGGACACAGUACAGGAUGUUGGACCCAGGUCAUGUUGUUGAGACUGUCACUGUAGAGGAGGACCCCCGGGAGACGUCACCAGUCAUUUCCGUUGAAACUAGCGAGGAUGGCACCACACGCCGCACAGAAACUACAGUCAAGAAAGUGACGAAGACCACCACCACCCGUACAGUUAUUCCCUCGGUGUCUGACACACUCUCUCUAGAUGGCACUGGUUCAGUCACUGGUAUGAGUGGUUAUAAUGCGCCAAUAGACCGCCUGUAUAGGCCACCAGGUGGGCAUAUGGACUACCCAACUGCCACUGUCCCUCGUAACUACCACUACGGACCACCUGGGGGAUACGAUGACUACCGUAGUGCUCCACCCUCAGAAACCUAUGCCAGUCUCAACCGAGGGGCACGCAUGGAUGAUCGCUACAGACCUGUGGAUGGAUACCGCACGCUGGACGCCGGUUAUCGUGUCCACAGCAGACCCCAGCUAGACCCUUAUGCAGCCCAACCACAGGUGGGGCGCAUGGGCAGCGCUCUAGAGAUCUCUGGGCUACAGCGCUUUGUCCCUGAGCCAUACGGCCUGGAAGAUGACCAAAGGAGUCUGGGAUACGAUGACCCUGAUUAUGGCAUGGGCCCGCCUAUGCACUACAGCACCAUGCCCCGGCUAGCGCACCAUGCCCCACCUCCACGAAGGACAGGGUCUUAUGAAGGCACUCUGGAUGGGGAUAUGAGCGGAGCAGGGGAUAUGUAUUACUGGGGGGGAGGAGCUCCUCUGGCUCAGGGAGAAAGGGGUAGCAUGGCAUCACUUGACAGCACCCUGCGGAAAGGCCCUGCCCCAACAUCAUGGAGGCAGCCUGAAUUGCCUGAGGUCAUUGCCAUGCUCAACUACCGCCUAGACCCAGUCAAGAGCAAUGCUGCUGCUUACCUCCAACAUCUCACCUUCAAAAAUGAUAAGGUAAAGUCAGAAGUAAGGCGUCUGAAGGGCAUUCCUGCUCUGGUAUCUAUGUUGGACAAUCCAAAGAAGGAGGUGCAUCAUGCAGCCUGUGGAGCGCUGAAGAACAUUUCAUAUGGACGAGACCCUGACAACAAGAUUGCCAUUAAGAACUGUGACGGAAUCCCUGCACUCGUGAGGCUAUUGAGAAAGACCAGAGAUCAGGACCUCACCGAUACCAUCACAGGCACACUGUGGAACCUGUCAUCUCAUGACUCGGUGAAGAUGGAGAUUGUGGACCAUGCUCUACACGCGCUGUCUGACGAAGUGAUGGUGCCACACUCAGGCUGGGAAAGAGGGAAUGAAGGAGGAGACGAGAGCUGCAAGCCUAGACACCUAGAGUGGGAAACGGCUCUUACCAACACUGCUGGCUGCUUGAGGAAUGUGAGCUCUGAGAGGAGUGAGGCCAGAAGGAAGCUGAGAGAAUGCUCCGGCCUGGUUGAUUCACUCAUGUACAUUGUCCAAUCCCAGAUUAACUGUAAAGAUGUGGACAACAAGCUGAUAGAGAACAGCGUUUGUCUGUUGAGGAAUUUGUCCUAUCAGGUGCAUCGGGAGGUGCCAGGCUGUGAGCGCUACCAGGAGACCACACCUGUCAACCAGGGCCCCACCCCUGCCAAUCAGAAGACUGGCUGCUUCAGUUCCCGCAAGGGCAAAGACGAGUGGUUUUCCAAAGGGAGGAAAGAUGAUGAUGGAACUUCAGACACGAUUGACAUUCCAAAGAGGACCACGCCAGCCAAAGGUUAUGAGUUGCUAUUCCAGCCUGAGGUGGUUCGUGUGUACACUUCCCUGCUGAAGGAGAGUAAGAAUCCCUCUGUUCUGGAAGCAUCUGCAGGAGCCAUACAGAACCUGUGUGCGGGCCGCUGGACUUAUGGACGCUACAUACGGGCGGUCAUGAGACAGGAGAAAGGAUUGCCCAUGAUGACUGAGCUGCUAGCUCAUGGGAACGACCGUGUGGUCAGAGCUAUGUCUGGGGCACUUCGAAACCUGGCGAUUGACCCUCGCAACCGUGAACUGCUAGGUAAACAUGCUGUGCCGAACCUGGUGGCAAACCUUCCAGGUGGUGGUCAGAGCCAGCCUGUGCGUGCUCUCUCUGAGGAGACAGUGGUGUCAGUGCUGAGCACUCUGGCUGAGGUAGUAGGCUCCAGUCUGGAUGCUGCCAAAACCCUCCGCAGCUCACAGGGCAUUGAGCGACUAGUGCUUAUCAAUAAGGACGGUAAUCGCUCAGAUCGGGAGGUGCGUGGGGCCGGUCUGGUGCUGCAGAUUGUGUGGGGUUUUAAGGAGCUUCGGCGCACGCUGGAGAAAGAUGGCUGGAAGAAAUCUGACUUUGUGGUUAGUGUCAAUCCCCCCAGUAACACUCGCAGCAACGGCGGCUAUGAGGACAGCAGCACCCUGCCACUCAUUGACAGAGGAGGAAAGGACAGAGAUAGAAACAUGAUUCCGCUAAAUGACAUGGGAUCAGAUGCUUACACUACACUGGACCAGAGAGGAAGGAGGAACACUUUGGAUGACACUCUAGAGCCUGCAGACAGUGAUGCAGCUCAGGGAGGGAUGUAUGGGGAGAGGCGGGGCUCCAUGCCCUUGCUGGACUCUUACGACGGUUAGGCCACUCCCCCUCCCCCCACUCAGUGCAUGAGCGAGCAUGAAAAACUGAUAGUGUGCAUUACUCGUGGCGAGCGCCCUCUUCCUGCCUACUGUCCCUGCUGAGCCUCUGAUCUGAUCUCAUCAUGAAGGGACCACAGCCACUAAUCAAUAACGCAAAGAAUCUCUUCCUCCAUCAUUAUCCCUUCUCUCUCUCUCUCUCUCUCUCUCUCUCUCUCUCUCCUUCUCUCUCUCUCUAAGAUCCAAAAGACUGAUGACGGCCACUACUUGAGGAGGCAAAACACUAUGUUAAUCUUUUUUUCAUCUUCUGGUACAUUCAAUCCAUACAACCCUUUCUUUUAUUUUUAAUUUUUUUUAUUAUGUUUUUUCUCCCUGGGAUGUAUGUUAAGUAAGAAACGCAAGAGAGACUGAAAACACUGAAGAACUUGAAUGGGUUUUUACCAUUCAUUCAUGUCCUCCUCAUCUUUGUUUUUAUUCUUGUGGAACUACGUAGUAUGCAAUGUUUGUUGUUCCUCUUAAAAAUGGUUGAGAUCAAUUGGUUUAUUUCUACAUUAUAACCUGAGUCCUUCCACUACAGUGAUGUUUGACCUCAUUUAUUGAAAACUCUACACAAUGGUUAAGGUUAACACAGUACAGUAGGUAUUCUUGCCACCACUACAUGUCAUUGCAUUAUUAUUAUUUGUUAUCUUUAAACACUAAUGACCUCAUUGUAGAACUUAAUACUGAUACUUUUCGAAACUCUCUCAAUCCCCCCUUUUUUUCUUCCGAGUUUAUGUAGCUGUAAGAAUGGUCGAGGCUUACAAUGGCUUUCUUUUUGCUUUGCGAUGGACAGUGAUGAACAUUUAUGCCAAAUUGCACCACUGUCGUGUGAGUUAUAAUAUGAAAAAAGUAAUUUGUAUAUACAAUAUUUCAAUCAUGUCUCAUAGAAGUGUUUGGAAGGGAAUAUGGGCCAUUUUGUAAUUUAACCACCGUCUCACAACUCUCUGAGCAGAUACCACUACAUACCUUGUUCAGCUUUUGCAGCCCAUUUGUCGUUGUGGUAAUUUGUUGACUCUUUAGGGAGACUGGUAAUGUGGUAGAGAUGUGAAUUAGAUAGAGAGCUCAUGGGGUAAUGUUUGACUGUAGGAAGAGAAACAUGUACUGCAGUUUUUGUUUCCCUGCAUUGAGUGCCCUUAAAGGUGGCAUUGCAAAGAAACUUUUCUUUUGGAUUGGUUCAUCCAAUCCAAGUGAGUUAUUUGGGAAAUGACCACUUGUAUCCCGAUCCUCAGAUUCCUUCUUAGGCAGGGUUAAUAGCGGAGCUGGUGCUAUACUCAUAAAGCACCUCAGAGUGGGAGCGCUCUGUUUGGAUCAGUGGAUCAGGAGGUGAGUACGAGGAGCAUGAACAGCGCAAUCUCUGAUCCUGCAGCUGCACUGCCACUCUGAGCUAAGCUCUUGGACCAGUUCUUGCUCUCUGGUGUUUCCUGUUGUCUGAAUAUAGAUGUUUGUGUAAAUAUGAUGGCGUCUAACAAAUCCACCCUGCUUACUCUGAGUGCCUCGCUCGCUGAUCGGUCCACUUGGCUUGUAUGUAUGAGCGUGAGUCUGGGAUUCUGAAGAGUACAUGGGAGACAUGCUUAGGUUUAGGAGUCAGAGGGUUUGGCCUUUGUUCAGCCUCUGCCCCCAGUGCCUGUUUGUGUUGGGAGUGAAUGAUGGAAUAUUGAGGAUGCGUUUUUUUUUUUACACGACGAGCUCAGUGCUCGCGCAUUAGACUGCAUAUUCAAAAUGCACAGUGAUUUUCUGAUGUAGAUAUUUGCUGAAUGGGAUACUCUAGCACUAGGAGUUAAGUUGCUUUUUUUUUGUUUGUUUUUUUUUUUUUUACCUUGGCUUUCUUUGGGAGUUUUCCCCCAAACGUAUGAUUUACCUUUCACUCCCCAACAUUUUUCUUCUACGUGAGACACUACAGUUAUCUGACCAGUUAAAAACAAUAAUGGCUUUUAAGCAAGAAGUAUUGAUCUUGAGGGAAGCAGAAGACUUUUUAAAUAAUAUCUUAAAAUGGCAAAAUUGCAUCUAUUACAGGCAAAUUUGAAGCAGAGCUCAGAUUUUGAUUCUAGCUUGAUAUUUAGAUAAAGAAAAAAUAAAAGCACAUUUAACUAUAUAUACCAGAGAAUAUUUGUUAAUUUUAAUUAUUUUUUCCUCUUGGUUGUUUUUUUGUUUUCCCUUUUUUAUAUUUUAUGAUUGGGAAUAAUUUUGUUUGUUUCUGGGGCUGUUGUGGGUGAAUGCAUAUGCAAUCAGUUUUAUUUUUAAUUAAAUGCAUUUACAGUUUAUAUCUUUUAAUUAAAAACAAAACAAGAAAACAAAUCGUUCAUGUGUCAUGUAUUGUCAGUUGUCAUACAGUUUAUAUGCAAGACUAAAAUCUGAUCGUUCUGGUGAUAAAUAUUUCAUCUCUUUGCCUUGGCUCUUAAACAUUGCACCUUUCUUUCAUGGAUUGAACAUGUAACUUAGCAAUACUGUUUUUAAUAAAAGGAUGAUUUUUUUUCAAA